ACCAUAACCCUCAGGCCCACUGCCCAGACGACUCACGCUCACCCCCCUUGGCCCCUGGCGGCCGCCGCCCGCUGCUUGUCGCUGGCUCGCUGCGACGCCCGACGCUGCCUCCCCGCGCGCCGCCGCCCGCUUGCUGUUUCGCUCCCACCCCGCGCGACCGCGCCUCGCCUGGUACCUCCGCGCUGUGGCCUCUUUGCUGUGUGCGCCGCCCCCUGAGGGAUCUACCCCCUUAUCGAUUUUGAAACAGACGGCAGCGCGGAUCUCUUGUUCCCACGCUCUGCUGCUUCGAUGCAGAUGGGUGUCGACGUCCUGCCGGCCGCCUGCUACGCCCUUCCGGUACUCGUCUCUUUGCUCACUAUCCGCUUCUUCUACGUGCUGUGGCGCAACGGCCAACCAUCGUCGAGGCCGCGCGCCGCCGGAUUGCGGUGUCUCAUCGUCCUCGGCUCCGGAGGGCAUACAGCAGAAAUGAUGAAUAUUGUAACAACGCUUCAGAAGGAUAGGUUCACACCAAGAUACUAUGUAGCUGCACUUACUGACAACAUGAGUCUUCAGAAGGCACAGGUCUAUGAAGAAUCGCUGAUUGAGGUGGAGAGUGGCGGAAAUAAGACUGUCGAGAAUGCCCAUUUCGUGCAGAUAUAUCGUAGUCGUGAAGUAGGCCAAUCUUAUAUCACCUCCAUCGCGACAACAUUGCUAGCCACAUUGCAUGCUAUGUGGCUAGUAAUAAGAAUCAGACCACAAGUGAUAUUUUGCAAUGGUCCAGGGACAUGCUUUCCUCUAUGCGUCUCGGCUUUCCUUCUGAAGGCGCUUGGUUUGGGAUGGUCCUGUAUUUUCUACAUUGAAAGUAUUGCAAGAGUGAAGAAGCUUUCGCUGAGCGGUUUACUGUUGUACAAGCUACGGAUAGCUGACCAGUUUUCCGUGCAGUGGCCCCAGCUGCAGCAAAAGUACCCUCGAGCAUGCUACGCUGGCCGUUUGAUGUGACUCUCAUCCAUAUCUGGCAUUUGGAUGCUGCGUUUUUUCAACUUGAAAGUCAGAUGAUGCUGACAAUCACUGACACACAGAAUCGUCGUUGACUUAGAAAAGAAAGGCUUUACAGACAUUCAUACUUCAUACAUGGGGCAUGUUACUUUAAGAUAAUGUUUGUGGAUGAAAGUGAAUCAAUGUAGGCCCAUAGAAGUUACCUCUUCCAUCCAUGUUCUCAAUUGUGCCAACCCCCCGUUUGACGAUUCUAAUAUAAUAUACACCAUGAAUUCAGCAUUC